CAAUCCAACCAUUUGACUAAACAAAAAAAUUCAAAGCUAAUCAUCUAAACCAUUAUCUUAUAUGACCUUCAUUUCUCACCCCUAAUCCUCCCUUUUCCUGUUUCAUUCAUUCAUUCUUCCCAUGAAACACUCUUCUCCUUCUUCUUCUUCUUCUCCUUCUUCUUCUUCUUCUUGUUCAUCUUCAUCUCAGUAAUCUCUCUCUAUCACCCACAUGACACAAUGAAGAUAAUCCAGAACCACCAAAAACCACCAUUUCUCUCUCUAACUCUACUGACCGCCACAAUCCUCUCUCUCCUCCAACUUGCUCUCUCCGUCGACUUCCUCUUCAACGGCUUCAACGACACCGCCUUAUCCCUCUACGGCAACGCCACAAUCCAAUCCCGCAUCCUCACCCUCACAAACGACACCACUUUCUCUAUAGGCCGAGCUUUAUACCCUUCCAAAAUCCCCGCAAAACGGCACAACUCCUCCUACGUCCUUCCCUUCUCCACCUCCUUCAUCUUCUCCAUGGCUCCUUACAAAAACACCCUCCCCGGCCACGGCCUCGUCUUCGUCUUCGUCCCCUCCACCGGCAUCGCAGGCGCUAGCUCCUCGCAAAACCUCGGCUUCCUCAACCGCACCAACGACGGCAAAACCGACAACCACGCCUUCGGCGUCGAGUUCGACGUCUUUAAGAACGAGGAGUUCGACGACAUAAACGACAACCAUGUUGGGAUCGACGUGAAUUCUCUAAAGUCCUUGGUUUCUCGCGACGCCGGGUACUGGCCGGACGAGAGUAACGGUACGGACGAGAAGUUUUUCAAGAAAAUAAAGCUCAAUAGCGGCGAGAAUUAUCAAGUUUGGAUUGAUUAUAAUGAUUCUUUGAUUAGUGUUAGCAUGGUAAAAGCUGGUUCGAAGAGGCCUAGGUUUCCUUUGUUAAGUGAAAAGUACAAUUUGUCCGAGGUGUUUUUCGAUGAAAUGUAUGUUGGGUUCACGAGCUCAACUGGGCAAUUAGUACAGAGGCAUAUGAUUCUAGCUUGGAGUUUCAGCAACACAAACUUCUCUUUGAGUGAGAGUUUGGUCACCGCCGGUUUGCCGUCGUUUGUUCUUCCAAAAGCGUCGUUUCACAAGUCCAAAGGGUUCAUUAUUGGAGUCACGCUUGGGGGUUUGUUUUUUAUUGGUUUUUGUGCUUUGAUUGUCGUUUUGUUGAUCAAACGACAGAGGAGAAGAGCGAAGGAAAGAGCUGAAAUGGAGGAUUGGGAACUUGAGUAUUGGCCCCACAGAAUGACGUACCAAGAGAUUGAGGAAGCGACGAAGGGAUUUAAGGAGGAAAACGUGAUUGGAAUAGGAGGAAAUAGGAAAGUUUAUAGGGGAGUUUUGGCUGGAGGAGCGGAAAUUGCGGUGAAAAGAAUGUCACGUGAGAACGAUGGAAUGAGGGAGUUUUUGGCUGAGAUUUCGAGCCUUGGAAGGUUGAAGCAUAGGAAUUUGGUGGGGUUGAGAGGUUGGUGCAAGAGAGAGAAAGGGGUUUUCAUGUUGGUUUAUGAUUACAUGGAAAACGGGAGUUUGGAUAAAAGGGUGUAUUUUGAGUGUGAGGAGAGUAAAAUGUUGGGGCUUGAAGAUAGAAUUAGGAUUUUGAAAGAUGUGGCAUCUGGGGUUUUGUAUUUACAUGAAGGGUGGGAGUCAAAAGUGUUGCAUAGGGACAUUAAGGCAAGCAAUGUGUUACUAGACAAGGAUAUGAGUGGAAGACUGGGUGAUUUUGGUCUGGCUAGAAUGCACGGGCACGGUCAAGUGGCUAGCACCACCCGAGUGGUCGGGACCGUCGGGUACUUGGCCCCGGAGGUGGUUCACAACGGUCGGGCCUCAGCUCAGACCGACGUGUUCGGGUUUGGGGUCUUGAUAUUGGAGGUCAUGUGUGGGAGGAGACCCAUAGAGGAAGGGAAGGUGCCCUUGGUGGAAUGGGUUUGGCAAUUGAUGGCUCAAGGGCAGCUCUUGGAUGCCCUUGAUGAGAGGCUGAGGGCAAAAGGGGAAUUUGAUAAGGAGCAAGUGGAGGGAGUGUUGUAUUUGGGGAUGUUAUGUGCUAACCCUGACCCAAGUGCUAGACCAAAUAUGAGACAAGUUGUGAGAGUGUUGAUGGGCAAAAGUGGUAAUGAGGUCCAUGAUGCCGAGUCUGAGGAUAUGGACGCCUAUUUGCUUGACAAGACGCAAAAUAGUGAAUUUUGGAACGGUUUUUCUCAAAGUUUUGGCUAUGGAUCACACCCAACUUUUGAAGAUAUUAAGCAAUCAAUUUCUUCGUCAAUGUCUCUGUCUUGGUCCAGUACCAUAGUGGAGGUUGCAGAUGAAGUUGAUGAUGGUAAAAUGAAAGUGAGAUUCAAGACUAUAUGAUGUAAAAACCUUAGAAGGAGAUUCUUUUUUGAGCUUUCUACCGGGUAGCCUACUUUCGGAUAGUAGUCAAAAUCUAAUGGUUUAUAAUGGAGGUUUAUUUAUUUAUUAUUAUUAUUAUUAUUAUUUUAAUACCUUAAGGUAGGAUUCUCGCUUUAUUCAUUUCAGUUGGGAUCUUUUAGAAGAGAUUACUACAUUCAUUUUUUUUUUUUUCAACUUUAUUGUAAGUUAAAAUGUUGUUGUACAUAUGUAUGUAUCACACACGCGAUUAUAUGGAAAUCAAAGGUUGCUU